AUGUGUAAAGGUAAAGGUACUGUUCGAAGAUGGGCAAAGAAGUUCGCUGAAACCAGUCCAGCAGAGACAGAUUUGCAUAACCAAGCUCAAUGUGGUCGUCCCAACUCUGCCAGUGAUGUUCAACUCCAGGAGAGAGUGGAUGAGAUCAUCCAAGCAAACCGACGGACCAAAGUAAGAGAUAUCAGUGAAAUGCUAGGGAUUUCUGUAGGGAGUGCUCAGUGCAUUAUCCAUUAUGUGUUGGGUUACAGGAAAGUGUGUUCACGUCCAGAACUUGGUCCAACUGACUUUCCUAAGUUGAAGAAGUACCUCAAAGGAAAAUGUUAUGCCGAUGACGAUGAAGUUCAAGCUGAUGUGCGUUGCUGGUUCAGAGGUAAACUACAUGAAUUUUUCGCCAAAGGCAUGCGACAACUUUUUCGGAUCUGCAUCGACAAAGAAGGCGACUAUGUUGAAAAGUAA